UUAUUUUGAAUUUUAGGAACAGGAAGUUAAACUUGUCGUCGUGUACUUGACAUUGUAGAGCGACUGAGAUUAUAGUCAUCCUAGUUGGUACCGUUCAUGGAUUAUUCCAGCAUUUAUCACGAAAAAACGGGGACAUGAACGAGAGCGCAUACAGACAGGAAGGCAUGAGGUUUGUGUGUCACUUAAACAGUCCGGGCAAAUGUUUUUAAAUUUGUAUAAUGUUCAGAAAUAUUGUCGGGGUCUGAACAGCUCGGCAUACAGAUGUUCCCAGUUGAGGAGAAAGAAACCGUUAAUCUGGUAUUUUAGUCUGGUAUCAUUGUGUGUAUUUUUUUAUUAGACUAUCUCAAUGUAUUGAGUCUAAUAAAUCCCGGCCAAACCAUGAGCAAUAUGCAGGAUAAAGCGACUAUCCGCCAGCAGAGCUCGGAGAAUAACUCUGUCAGCAGUAGUGAGUGGGAUAUGGCAAAUGAUGUGUUUGUGUCCGGCUACGACGACAGUCCGAUGGGAGACAGUGUCGCCGCUGGGGACCCGGACCAAGCGCAGCCCGGCUUGGACAGACACCUGCCGCUGUUACGGGCGGACUCGUUAUCACAGGAUGGCAUGAUGCUGGGCCUGGCUGGGGAAGAAUAUUCGGACUCAUCGUAUCUUUCCAUCGACCCAAACUAUACCGAAAGUGACGGGAAUGUCACAACCAAGAAGCGCAUACGGUCCAACAGCUCCAGGCACCGCGGCGAGAUCGUCACGGAGCUGGGACCGGAGGAGGUCAGGUGGUUCUACAAAGAGGACAAGCGCACGUGGAAGCCCUUCGUGGGACACGACUCUUUAAAAAUCGAGAUCGUCUAUCGAAGGUUCUGUGAGCAGAACCCCAACAAGGUCAAACGCCCCACCAAUCCUGCCGAGGCCGAGGGGAAGGAUGCGGUCAGGACCGGCGAGGUGCAGCCGGAGAGCGGGGCGGCGGACGGUGGAGGUGUCCUGGCAGAGUCGGAGGUGCAGCGGGGAGAAGGGCAGCAGCGCUCGGUGUCGGAGGAGACCAAGGACCCGGACGACAUCAGCAUCAGCGUGGAGGCAGUGUGUGUCAGAGGGGGGCUGUAUGAAGUGGAUAUCCGGGAGAAGGAAUGCUACCCUGUUUACUGGAACCCCUCUAGCAGCGGGACACGUCUCCAUCGGGGAUAUGUCGAGGAGGCAGCACCCGAGGACACCCCACCCGAAACCACACACAUCGUCUUUGUGGUGCAUGGCAUUGGGCAGAAGAUGGACCAGGGCCGCAUCAUCAGGAACACCUGCAUGAUGAGAGACGCUGCAAGGAAGAUGGAGGAGAAGCACUUCUCUGAUCGCACCACAGAGCAUGUAGAGUUUCUUCCUGUGGAGUGGAGAUCGAAACUGGCUCUGGAUGGAGACACAGUGGACUCCAUCACCCCAGACAAAGUUCGAGGUCUCAGAGACAUGCUGAACAGCAGCGCCAUGGACAUCAUGUACUACACCAGCCCUCUGUACAGAGAUGAGAUUACCAGGGGUUUGACUCUGGAGCUGAAUCGUCUCUACUCACUCUUCUGCUCACGGAAUCCUGACUUUGAGAAGAACGGGAAAGUGUCCAUCGUGUCGCAUUCAUUGGGCUGCGUCAUCACCUUCGACAUCAUGACGGGCUGGGACCCCGUUCGCUUUCAUCACCAAGAAGCGCCAGACCCGGAGGAGACAAAGGUCCGCUGGCCAAGUGAUGAGGAGCGCCACCUUCAGGAGCAGCUAAGACUCACACGCCUCAGGUUGAGGGACUUGGAGGAUCAGUUCCAGGGUCUGCAGACCUUGUCUUGUGUGGCAGUGCCAGCCUUGAAGUUCAAGGUAGAAAACUUCUUCUGUAUGGGCUCUCCUCUGGCUGUUUUCUUGGCGUUGCGAGGGAUCCGGCCUGGAAACAACGGUGUGCAGGACCACAUCCUCCCCACAUCUAUCUGCAAACGCCUCUUCAACUUAUUCCACCCCACAGACCCCGUGGCGUACAGAUUGGAGCCUCUGAUCUUAAAGCACUACAGUAACAUUACGCCUGUUCAAAUCCACUGGUAUAACACCACCAGCCCAACUCCAUACAAUCAGAUCCGGCCCACACUGCUCAACCUGCCGAAGGACACCGCAUCUGUCUCAGACUCAGAGAGCAUCCCCAGCCCCUGCACCUCCCCGCCCCAGGCCCGACGGCACUACGGAGAGUCCAUCACCAGCCUGGGCAAGGCCAGCAUCAUGGGUGCUGCAAGCCUUGGAAAGGGAAUCGGAGGAAUCCUGUUUUCCCGCUUUUCCCGUUCCAGUGGUCAGGUGGGGGGAGUGGAGGAGGAGCCAUCAGAUUCAGAGAGCGGAGCCUCCGAGGUCGAAAAUGUGGCAUCAGGAGAGGAAGGGGUAACGGUGACAGAGAGCGAAGACAAGGACAAACAGAUAGAGGAGGAGAGGGGGGAGGUGGAGCCUGCCAUGUCCCAGUCCACCUCAGCUGUCAUGGACAAUACCUCGUUGGAACUGGAGAGACGCAUCGACUUUGAGCUGCGGGAGGGCUUGGUGGAGAGCCGCUAUUGGUCAGCAGUGACGUCACACACGGCCUAUUGGUGCUCUUAUGAUGUGGCUUUGUUCCUCCUCACCUUCAUGUACAGACCACAGGAACUGCCUGAACCUGCAGACGACAACCCAGACACCUCGUAACAUAAGUGCAACCUGACACACCACAGCUGGGGUCACUUCACUCUCUAUUCACACCUUCUGAAAUACAAACUGAAAGCUACAUUUCUGAAACAUACUUCAUUCUUCAUUUUCUGAUUUCUUAAUUCAGAUAAAACGGUUCUCUGCUUCACAUAAUGUUCGAGUGAAAUACAGAGUAUAAAUAGAUUAUUUAAUAUAUUACUAAUUAUACAUUUUGGAAAUGUCAGAUAUUGUUUGAUCAAAUCAUGAUUAAUGCAACCUAAUUAUCUUUUACUAUUAGUUGAUUUGAUUGGAAGAAAGGUUACUUAAAGUCCUGCUAGCAGCCUGAAUGCUGCAAUGUUCAUGUUUGAGGCAACGCUUUAGAUUACGACCUUCACCAUACAGCAUUAUUCUUGUAAUUAUUUGUACUAAUGGUGUACUAGUACUGUAUGCACAGAUACGUACAUGUAGGUACAAGAGAACAUGUGAAGUGUGGGAAAUUAAAGGACUAGUGUGUAGGAUUCAACCAACUGAAUACCACUCGUCUUCAAAGUAUGUAGGAGAAGCUACGGUGCCCGCAAAACUCAUAAAAUGCCCUAGUUGGAGCCAGUGUUUGGUUUGUAUGUUCUGGGCUACUGGAGACACAUGGCACUUUAAUAUGUAGAUAAAAACAGCUAAUUCUAAGGUAACACACAAUGAUUCUUAUAUUUA